UACAUUCGACGGUUCAAUCGACUGGACAUACCUACCAUCAGCUAUGAGCUGACACCACUUCGUCUCAUAUGAGACAUGGAUUCAUGGGAGAGAGCAUGUAAUGGUGUUUUACGGAACCCGGUUCUGGUCAUCUUAUGGCUGCAAUAACUGUAAUAUACAGCCUUAACAAAAUGCCACCCUCAAUUUCCCAUCACCCCACUAUUUCCCAGCCCCCAACCAAAACAGGCCCCCAGAACAUCACCAAACCCAGUCCCCGGCACGGCGAUCAUCCUUCGCCCCAAUCGCCAGCUCACCACGUGUUUCAUCCCCUUCACAACCCGCAAAUUCCAAAGCCACACCUCUCAUUCGGUACUACCCUCGCACGGCUUACGCGUCCUAUGACAUCAGAUGUCCUUUUAUUUCCAGCACCGCUACAUAUCGGGUUAGACUUGGUAGGCUGGCUCGGACGCUUGGCUGCUUCCGAAACGGCUGAUCUGCGAUGCUGUGGCGGUGCGGGGAUGGGGUGGGUUGCCGGAUUCGGAAGCGCGUUAUGCCGGUUUGGGGAGGGGGCUUGGCGGGCUGGGCUGCAGAGGGCGCGGGUGGGGGUUUGCCGACGGCACGGUUUUGAGGGUUUUGGUUGAGCGGCGUACGGCGUGACGGAGUUCGGUGCGCGUUGGGAUGUGUGCUGGGACCUGAGUUUGUUGGUCUUUGGGGGGAUGAGAUGACGUGGAAUGCGAAAAUCGCACAUGGAGUUCUGUUCGCGCGGCUGAACAGUAGUGCUCCUCGCGAGCUAAUAUGGGGUCUAGAAAGAUACUGUGAUAACUACGAGCAGAUUCCUGGCCGGUGCCAGCGAAGAUAACUGGUGGUGCUCCGCUUACACAUCCUCGGGAUCGCAAGAGAGUAGACGGGCGUGUGAGCCAA